UAGUUGCUGCAGGAGGAGCGAGAUCAGUGCGGUGUGUUUAGUUUAAGGUGUGGAUGAGAUGAGGAAACAAUGUCACGCUCUCAAGAAGACACUGAAGUCCAGUCACAUCAGCCAGGAUGCCAGCUACUGGCUGCAGGUCCACCGGCUGGAACACGGUGACGGCGGCAUCCUCGACCUGGACGAUGUGCUGUGCGAUGUGGCCGAUGACAAAGACAGGUUGAUCGCCGUGUACGACGAACAGGAGCCCCAUCAUGGAGGCGACGGCACCAGUGCCAGCUCCACAGGGACCCAGAGCCCCGACCUGUUUGCUGCCGACCUCAGUGCCGGCAGCGGGGCUUCGGCCUUCCAGCCGUACCAGACCGCCAGUGAGAUUGAAGUGACGCCCUCUGCCUUGCGAACCAAUAUGCCCCUCCAUGUCCGGCGCAGCAGCGACCCUGCCCUGCUGACCAUCAAUGGUCCGUUCAUCGGCGGCGAGACGCGGAUCCAAACCGAAGAGCCGCCAUCGAGGAAGAACCCCACCCGCUGGUCCACCACCGCGGGCUUCUUGAAAGCGCGACACUCCACUGGUACCAACAGCCUAGAGAGGAAGACUGUUGUCUCCCCGAGCUAA